AUGAACCUACCAUCAAUGAACUAUGGGGCGGGCGAAAGAAAGAGGAAAUCCGAGUCAGACGAUGAACUUGUCAUAACCAACAAAAGAUUGUUCAAGAAAAGAAUGAAAAACAGACCACCCGAAGUAGAUCCAUCAGAGCUUUGCAAUCUGGUAGGAGAGUCGUCACUGGAGAUGCCAGAUCCCGGUGAUUUCGGAGCGAAUGGUUUGGAUCCUAAUCGAUUCGCUUGGGCACCAGAUGCAGACAUUGCAGCAAUACAAAUCUCUCGCCGAGAUGGAACCCCCAGAGUUCCCAGAAAAGCUGCUCCUCCAUCCAUACCUGACCCAUCUGAUGCGGAUUGGAAUGCGAGCGACCGAAUGUCCUCUAGCUCUCGCUUGAGGCCUCAAAAGAGACCUCCGAAGUCCAGCUUCUUCGUCCUUCCGGGAGACGAUGACAUCCAACUCGAGAACGAUACCCGCUUAACACAAGUCGUUGAAGACGAAGGUAUCCGAAUUUUUCCGAUUCCUCUCGAGAUACGGGAAGAGAUUUACAGAUAUCUUUUGCGGUCCAAUAUGCCAAUCGCAGUUUUUGAUGGCUGGAAAAGGGUUUACAAGCAUGGGAACACUCGGCAAACAGGGCCGGCUUUCACCGACAGGCCGUCGCUAGACAUUAGCGUUCUAAGGUUGAACAAGUCGUUUUAUCCAGAAGCGGCACGAAUCCUAUACAGCGAAAACAUAUUUCUCUAUCGCCUUCGUGAUCCCCCAGCCAUCUGCCCACCCCCCAUCAACCUCGACGCACUGGUAGCUUUUGAUUCUCCUUCUUCUACUACUGGGAGCCUAGAAGGCGACGAUCCCAAUGAUGGAGAUUACCAAGAGCAUAACCCUCAAAGCAGCACACGGCGAGCAAGAUCAAGGAGAAAGAAAAAGGAGCUCGAUGAGCCAUACAUCAAUGUUGGCAAAUUCCACCAUCUCUUUCGACAUGUUAUUAUCGAGGCUGAACACAACCGAUGUGGUGACGAUACAUUGAGAAGCAUGCAGGAGGCCCUCGAGAUCUUAAGCAACCCCCCUUCUGUCGACAAGGAUUUAGUCCCCUUAUAUCCAAGCACCACAGCAUCUGAACUCUCGAAAAAGAAACAGAAAAGUGAGCGAAAAGCGAAGCAUGGGGUUGGACGAGAAGAAGCUCGCACUCCCACAAUUAUCACGCCGAAUAUCAUGACUCUGGUAAUCAAAAUUCGGCCCAGUCGACUCCAGAAUGAUAGCUUCACAUUCGUGAAUUUUUUUGACAAGAAAUCCCCUAUCCUCGAAGCCAUCCGAAACUUGCAGCCUCAGCAGCUAUAUGUAAAAGUAAUGAUGGGCCAAUUCACUAACCGAAGAAACGGUGUGAAUAUUUCCAUUAACUUUCGCCAUCGAAGGAUCAUCUAUCUAGCAGAGUCUGGGGAGCCGGACAUGUGGGCUCGAGACAGAGAAAUGAUCAUACGGCGCAAGCGCAAAGCCGUGGAGAGCCUCAAGAAACUUGAUGAGCUAGGCAGUGACGUGCGAAAGUCCUGCAAUCGGUAUUUAAUUCAACAUUCAGACAUCGUCGAAGUGGAUGACGAGUUUGAUUUUGAGUGGGAUGAAAUAGAGGACGAUGAAUUUGAAUUUGCCGAGCAAACUUUCAUGGAGGGAGAAUUCGAAGACGAGCCUCAAGCUGAAGAGACUCAGGAAGAAGUACCGCUCGAAGUUCAGGAUGAAUCGGCCCCAGUGAUUGGAAGUGGUUGGAUUGAAGAGGUUGAGACUCAGGGUGAAGCAGUUUCAGAGACUCAAGCUCAGGAAGAAGUGCCGCUCGAAGUUCAGGACGAAUCAGUCCCAGUGCCUGGAAGUGGUUGGAUUGAAGAAAUUGAGGCCCAUGGCGGAGUGGUUACAGAGGCUCAAGUUGGAGAAGCUCAAGAAGAAUUACAGCCUGAAGUUCAGGAUGAGCCAAUGCCAGUGCCCGGAAGUGAUUGGAUUGAAGAGGUUGAGACUCAGGGUGAAGUAAUUUCAGAGACUCGAGCUGAAGAGGCCCAAGAAGAACUACAACCUGAAGUUCAGUUUGAACCAGUGCCAGUGCCCGGAAGUGGUUGGAUUGAAGAAACUGAGGCCCAGGGCAGAGAGGUUACAGAAGCUCAAUCUGAAGAGUCCGAGGAAGAAUGA